CACCCCUUUAUCACCCUUAUUAAAACCAUAGAUUUCCCACAAUAUCAUCACAUUUCAAACCACAAGUAAUAUUCGUCUUCUUCUUCUUCUCCCACACAACAAAAUCAUUAAAGAAAUCGCAAAAACCUAUCAAUAUUAAAGACGAUAAAUAAAAAUGAGAAGCGGAGGCUACACCCUUCACCAUUCCCUAACGGUGGAGGCAACGGCGAUCGUGAAGCAAGCGGUGAGCCUGGCGAGGCGGCGCGGGCACGCACAGGUGAGCCCCCUGCACGUGGCCAGCGCCAUGCUGGCAUCUCCGGCGGGCCUGCUGAAGCGGGCGUGCCUGCAGUCCCAUUCCCACCCAUUGCAGUGCAAAGCCUUGGAGCUGUGCUUCAACGUGGCGCUGAACCGCCUCCCCACCUCGGCCUCCGCCCCCCUCCUCCUGGGCCCCCACUCCCACCUCCCCUCCCUCUCCAACGCCCUCGUUGCCGCCUUCAAGCGCGCCCAGGCCCACCAGCGCCGCGGCUCCAUCGAGAGCCAGCAGCAGCCCAUCCUCGCCCUCAAAGUGGAGAUCGAGCAGCUCGUCAUCUCCAUCCUCGACGACCCCAGCGUCAGCCGCGUCAUGCGCGAGGCCGGCUUCUCCAGCACCCAGGUCAAGGCCAAUGUCGAACACCUCAAGUCCACGUCCGAUCCUCCUCCUCCAAAGGAGUCCAAACCCUCACUUCCACCACCCGCCAACCUCAGCCAGUUCCGGCCGCAGAGCUGCGACGUGGACGGAGUGCUGGAGGCGAUGAGGACUCGGAACGCGGUGAUCGUGGGGGAGAGCGCGGCGGCGGGGGAGGCUGUGGUGAAGAAGGUGAUGGAGAAGUUCGAGAGGAGAGACGUGGGCGAGGAGAUGAGGGCGGUGCGGUUCAUAAGCGUGCCGCUGGCGACGCUGCGGGACGUGUCCAAGGAGGAGUUCGAGGUGAAGCUGGGGGAGCUGAGAGCGCUCGUCAAGUCGUGCGUCGGCGGAGGAGGAGUGGUUCUGUAUCUGGGCGACCUCGAAUGGGUGUCGGGCUUCUGGUGCAAGCAGGAUGAGGUGUUGUAUAGCCCCGUCGAGUACAUAAUCAUGGAGCUCAGCCGACUGCUUUGCAACAAGCGUGUUUCGCUAAUGGGAGUCGCCACAUUUCAGACCUACGCCAGAUGCACAACUGGCCGCCCUUCUCUCCAGACUUUGUGGUCUCUCCACCCCCUCACGCUGCCGCUCCCAACCACCACCACCACCACCACCACGUCGUUAGCUCUUGGUCUUAGCCUUGAUAGUGGCAUGCAUCAACAAGUGAAGAAGGAGGAGGAUUGCAGCUGGCUGUUGGGAGUCAAGAAGCAGCUGCUUUGCUGCUGGGAUUGUGCAGACAGUUUCAAGAAAGAGGCUGAAGCUCUCAUGAGCGGCGCCGAUUUCGUGUCGAGUUCCUCCGCCGCCAGCCUGCCGUCGUGGCUCCAACAGUACAAGGAUGAGAAGAGGAAGCAACUGAUUAGUAUCAAUCAGGAAUCUGACAAAAUAAAGGAUCUUUGUAAGAAAUGGAACUCGAUAUGCAGCUCAGUUCACAAGAAGCCACAUUUCCUCGAAAAAGUGCUGAAUCUAUCGUCGUCUUCGUCGUCCUCCGCCUCAUCCAGCGAUCACACCAAGUCCAGGAUUCAUCGGAACCUUCUCAACUGGCCGGUGAUCUUGGAUCGCGAAGGCGAGGUUUCGAAGCCGGAGCUCCUAUCAAACCCUAAUUCGAGCCCCAAUUCAGCAUCCUCUAGCGAAGCAAGCCAAGACAUGAAGCUCCCUCACAAAUUCGAGGAGCUCAAUUCGGAAAAUCUGAGGAUUCUCACAGCCGCAUUGGAGAAUAGAGUCCCACAGCAGAAGCACAUCGUUCCUGAAAUCGCGAAGUCGAUCCUCCGGUGCCGGUCGAGGACGACGGCCGCCAGGAGAGAGAGCUGGUUAGCGUUCUUAGGCGGCGACGAUAAUGGCAAGGAGAUGAUGGCCAAGGAGAUCGCUGGGGUCGUGUUUGGAUCCGCCGACACCGACUUCGUCGCCAUCGGCGUCAGCCGUUUCUCAUCGACGCCGUCGAGGAGAGACGAGGAGGAGGUGGCGAGCGGCGGCAACAAGAGGGCGAGAGACGAGCAAGGCGGCGGCGUUUACGACAGAUUCGCCGAAGCGGUUCGCGAUAAUCCGAGGCGAUUGUUCUACGUCGAAGAUGCCGAUCAGAUUGAUUACGGCGGCGUGAGAGGGUUCGAGCGAGCUAUGAGAGACGGCAGCGUUUCGAUUGGGGGCGAAAUCUUCCCGCUCAAGGAUGCAAUUGUCAUCUUCACCUGUGCGGCGGAGCAUGUUGAUGAUGGCAAGAGAGAGAAAGAUGGUGAUGAAGAAGAAGAAGAGGACGAGAAACGUGGACCGUUGGAUUUGAACGUCGCGACGGAAGAUGAUGGGAGUGGGAAUAUUCAGAUUCUGGAUUCAGUCGACAUGCAAGUGGUGUUCAGAAACCAAGUAUUGUAAAUUAGGGUGAAACUUGAGAGAGAGAGAUACACAUGCACUGUAAUUUCUCACUUCUAUUUUUUCUUUUUUCUUUUUUGGUGGGGGUGAUUUUUUGUUGUAUUUUGUUACUGAAUGUUUUUUACUACUUCGUAGGGUAAUAUCGGGGUGAGGGUAAAGAAGUGAAAAUUGUAACGUUGACUAACCAUAAAUUAAAACUAAGUUGCAGUAGUUCUUAA